AAUAUUUAAUUAAAUGCAAGUAAAGAAAUGUCAACAAAAAUGAUUUUGUUACACUAAUGUAUUUGAAAUAUGAAUGAAUUAUGAAUCCAUAAAUUAUGAUUUUGGUGCAACCACAGUUGAGGCUUUACCGUGAAAUGAUUUGUUUUCUGGAUAAAAUGUCGAGUGUUGUCCAGGUCAGGAGUAUUUCCAGCCGCGUCUCGGCCAUCAUUCUGGGACGGGUUAUUGUGCCAACUUUCGUCCUGUCCUCUACUACACCUCCAGCCUGGACCGCUAUGAUAAUCCACACUUCGGGUAUGACGGAUUGCACAUUUACCCCUUCUGUAAAUCACUCUAAAACAAUAUAUUUUUGUUUGAUAUCCUCUCUUAGUCUGUCUCUGCUGGACAGCUUUGAGUCUCAGUCUGAGCGUCAUUACCGGCGUCUGGUGCAGCCUGAUGGGACGGAGGCUCUGGCCUGCUCGGGGUCCAGACCAAGAGAGAGCGGAUAUUUACAGCUUCACACUCAGCCAAGACCUGGAGCUGUGUCCUGUCAGUCAGAGAGUAAAGGACCUUACAGUCCUCGCCGUCCUCUUAGAGUUUUGGUUGGACACAGAGAGGAAAGUGGUUACACUGAGGGAACCAGCUUACAGCCGAACACUUUUCUACCUCAUCAUAUUAACAUGGACGACGCACGCAGGACACAGCAAAGUGUGACGAGGACUGACUUCCUUCCAGCAUCAUUCCUACAGGGCAGUGAAGCAUUACCAAAACUUGCCUUCUGUGCGCCUCGAGACACUGGAUUCACACGAGACACGCAGAAACCUCUGACCAGUUCAGUCUCUUUUCAAGGUAACUCUAGUGAAGAAAGCAGACAGACGGACAGAUCUCCUGCAGUCAGAUGGUCCAUUGGGCCGAUGUGUUCGUCUGGAUUCAUCCUCAACGCCCCCAACAUCACAAGCCUUUCACACACACCAGCCAGCCCACAACAUUUCAUCACACAUUAUCAAAGCAAGUUUUGUGACAGAGCGUCAGUGGAGCAGGUGAGAGCAGAUUGGAUGACAGGAGGCGUACAGAUGCACAGACAGAGCGGCUACAGCGAGCGAGACAGCAGCAGGCAUAAACUCGGAUAUCACACCCUGGAUGCACAAUAAACCAGGAAUAGAUGAAAUACUGGUCUGCGAAUCAUAAACAAACUAUUACUCAUAUUUGCGAUGUCGGCAUCUCUGUUGAGUUAAAAUCCUAUCUCUCGGUAUUUAAACUUGGCUGUGUCCUGCACUUUAUUCACGUGGGCUAGUAAGCACUUAGCAACACCCUAGCAUCAUGAAAGUGACUAUUGAAGAAGACGUGCUUACCCAAACAGAAGUCGAAAACUGAUUUGAGCUUUUUGAAUUUUGACACAAAAUCGUUGAGGAACAGAACAGAAUUGUUAACAUCGAACUGAGUGUGGGAACAGCAAUAUUUAAACACUUUGCAUACACAACAUCUGAUCAGAACGUAUGCUUGCACACACAUAACCUACACAAAGGCAUUAACAUGCACAGAUAAACACACAAGCGUGCAGUCAUGCAGAGAGAGGAGUGGCACUGACAGAAAGCUCAGCUUGCUGGCAUAUGGGCACAGUUAUGGUGCCUGCCUGCUCAGGAUUAUGUGUGUGUGAGCUUCUGUCUCUUACAUCUAACGGCACACACUGCAAAAAAUGACAUUUAUAGCUUAAGAAGCAAAAUGACCCAAGAUAUUAAAGUAACAGUUUACCCAAAAAUAUAAAUUACGUCAUCAUUUAUCCACCGUCAGGUUGGUCCAAACCUCUAUUAAUGACUUUCUUCUGCUGGACACAAAGGGAGA